GACUUCUUCGUCUAAAUAUCUCUGGCCUUUCCCCAAUCACAGUGCCGUACUUUCUCUCCUCUCCCCACUAAUUAAGGGCUGAAAAAUCCAAUCCCCAGUCCGUCCUCCUUGGCGUGCCCUCUCCCUAUCCUACCUUGAACCGAGAGAGCGUCAUAAAAAGAGGGGGAGAGAAAACGAGAGAGGUCGGGAAGGGAAGAUAGAGAGAGAGACGGAGAAGGAAAAUAAAAUAAUGGACUCUCUCCUUCUCACGGACGCUCUUCUCCCCUCUUCCUUCUUGGGUUCAGUCCCCUCCCUUCCCCUCCACCGCGGACGAAUUGUUCCGGCCCCUCGCCCCGCCGUCUCACGGCGAACCCUCAGAUUAGGUUUCGCGGCUUCCGGCAGGCCGUCCGCCUCUGCCAGGAACGGAGCCUUGAUGACCAAUUCCAUGUCGCAAAGCGAUGGCGUUUAUACAGUUGGGGAUUUUAUGACUAAAAAGGAAGAUCUACAUGUUGUAAAGCCCACAACUUCGGUUGAUGAAGCACUCGAGAUGCUAGUGGAGCAUAGGAUCACAGGCUUUCCUGUGAUUGAUGAUGACUGGACAUUGGUUGGUGUAGUUUCAGAUUAUGAUUUGUUAGCACUGGACUCCAUAUCAGGGAGUGGACGGAACGAUACAAGCAUGUUUCCUGAGGUUGACAGUACAUGGAAAACAUUCAAUGAGAUCCAGAAACUGUUAAGUAAAACUAAUGGUAAAGUCAUUGGUGAUGUGAUGACACCUGCUCCCCUCGUGGUUCGUGAAACAACAAACCUUGAAGAUGCCGCAAGGUUAUUACUUGAAACAAAGUACCGCAGGCUUCCUAUUGUUGACAAUGCUGGUAAAUUGGUUGGCAUUAUUACAAGGGGAAACGUCGUGAGAGCAGCACUCCAAAUAAAACAUGCUAGUGAAAGGAACCCUCAGCUAUAAGAUGGAAACGAGCUCUAGGCAGUCACUGUCAGAAAGUUUGAGCUACUGCUCUAUUCAUCCCAAUGCAUUCUAAUAUUUUGGGAAAUUCAUUGCAAGCAGGCAAUACAGAGGAAUCACACUAUUCUUGCAUCUUAAUUUAUAGCGUGACUUGGUUUUCUAGUGUAGAUGACUUACUACAUAUUCGUUUCUUUUUUCUGGAAGACACCAGAGUUCCGAAAUGAGGUACUCAGACUUCUUUGCAAUAAGCUAUCAGACGGUGGUACAUUGUUUUCAAAGUCAUGAAUGAGAAGCAAUUUUCAGUUAUGCGAUUUUC